AGGAUCUUACCUGUCCAUUCCCUGUGUGCAGGUGAAGAAGAUGGGUGGCUUAGGGCUGCUGGCUAUGGAUGUGCCAGAGAAGUACAAAGGAGCAGGCCUGGACUACUUGGCCUAUUCCAUUGCUGUGGAGGAGAUCAGCAGGGGCUGUGCGUCCACGGGCGUCAUCGUCAGCGUCAAUAACUCCCUGUAUUUAGGGCCUAUACUGAAGUUUGGCUCUGAAGAGCAGAAGCACAAGUGGAUUGCUCCCUUCGCCACCGGAGAGAAAAUCGGAUGUUUUGCCCUCAGUGAACCAGGGAACGGCAGCGACGCGGGCGCAGCCUCCACCACAGCGCGGCUGGACGGGGACGAGUGGGUGCUCAACGGCACCAAGGCCUGGAUCACCAACGCCUGGGACGCCUCGGCCUCCGUGGUGUUUGCCACCACGGAGAAAUCCCUGAAGCACAAGGGCAUUAGUGCAUUCCUGGUUCCCAUGCCAACACCUGGGCUGUCACUGGGGAAGAAAGAGGACAAGCUGGGAAUUAGAGCCUCUUCCACUGCCAACCUGAUAUUUGAGGACUGUCGGAUCCCCAAGGCCAACCUCCUGGGGCAGCUGGGAAUGGGCUUCAAAAUUGCCAUGCACACUCUGGAUGGAGGAAGGAUUGGUAUCGCCUCACAGGCUCUUGGAAUAGCACAGGCAGCUCUGGACUGUGCUGUGGAUUAUGCUGAGAAGAGAAUGGCCUUUGGGGCACCCAUCACCAAGCUCCAGGCAGUGCAGUUCAAGCUGGCAGACAUGGCUGUGGCCCUGGAGGGCGCGCGCCUGCUGACCUGGAGAGCUGCGAUGCUGAAGGACAAUGGGAAGCCCUUCACUAAGGAAGCGGCGAUGGCCAAACUGGCUGCGUCAGAAGCUGCAACAGCCAUUGCUCAUCAGGGAACUACUUCAGCCAUCCAGAUCCUGGGUGGGAUGGGCUACGUGACAGAGAUGCCAGCGGAACGCCACUACCGGGACGCUCGGAUCACCGAGAUCUACGAGGGCACCAGUGAGAUCCAGAGACUGGUCAUAGCAGGGCAACUGUUGAAGGCCUACCGAGGCUGA